GUGGUUUUAUAUACACCAAAAAUUGGAUGUAGAUUUAAAUUUAAAAAGGGAAACUUUGAAAGAAAAAUGGUUAAAUGGAGUGGAUAUGGCGAUAUGGCAUGUCACUCAUCUGCCUUUGUUUGUUGCUGAAAUUCAUCUUGUAGUGGUAACCUUUCCCCACAGGGUCGGUGGGUUUGAUCAAAAUCGUUGUCGGAAAUAGAGAUGAAGAUGUUGAUGAAGAUGAAGUGGAGGAGGAUUGGAGGUUGCUAUGAUCAGAGGCCAAGUGAACUAGCGAAGAGUUACAAACAUGCAUGAGCCAGCCGUGAGAGUCGUCGUAGUCACAUUAAGAACUAACGAGGAGUAGGAGGACGGUGCGAGAGGCUCAUUCCCCGCAUCCAUUGAAAUUUCAUAAAUUUAGGAUUCUUUUUAAACUCAUCAUUUAAGGGAGGAAAAAAAAAAAGGUCUUAUACCAUUCCCCAAUUCCCCCCUACGCCAUCUCCCCAUAUCUUUAAAUCCUUCAGAAACUUCGUGACUGCUCACAAUCCGAAAUGUUAAAACCCCACAAAACCCUUCCUCGUAUGUGCUUCCAUUCCCUUUAUUUUCUUCUGGGUUCUCACCAAUCCUCCAAUUUCUCAUCGCAGCCUCACCCUUCUUCACCCCUUUCUAUUUCAUCCAACACUGACCCUUUUCCUGAAUUGGUCUCUAAAAUCUCCAUCAUUCUUUCCAGUCCCACAUGGGAACGCAGUUCAGAGCUUUCCCAUUUAAUCCCCAAACUCAAACCCCAUCACGUUGUGAAUCUCCUCGAUACGCACAACAAUACGGAAUCAGUCUUGCGCUUCUUCCACUGGGUUUCGAGGACGCAUUUUUUCAAACAUGACAUGAGCUGCUUUGUUUCGAUGCUGAAUAGAUUAGUUCGGGAUCGCCUUUUUGUGCCUGCUGAUAACGUAAGAAUCCUAAUGAUUAAAUCCUGUAGGAAUGAGGGAGAGGUUAAGAGGGUCAUUCAAGUUUUGAGUGAGAUUAAUACCACAUAUGAUUUUGGGUAUACUUUGUAUAGUUUUAGUACUCUUUUGAUUCAGUUGGGGAAGUUUGAUAUGGAUGGUUUAGGACGAGAUGUGUAUAUCGAGAUGCUUAACAGUGGGAUUAGACCUAACUUAUUUACAUUUAAUGCAAUGAUAAAAAUUUUAUGCAACAAAGGAAAGGUGCAAGAGGCAGAAUUGAUUAUGGGUCAUAUUUUUCAUUAUGGUGCCUGUCCAGAUACUUUUACAUACACAUCUUUGAUUAUUGGGCAUUGUAAAAAUGGAAAUUUAGAUUUGGCUUUUGAGAUGUUUGACCGAAUGGUUAAAGACGGGUGUGAUCCCAAUUCGGUAACUUAUUCAGCCCUUAUCAAUGGGCUAUGUAGUGAAGGGAGGUUAGAAGAAGCAAUGGAUAUGCUCGAAGAAAUGAUUGAUAAAGGGAUUGAACCAACAGUACACGCAUACACCAUUCCAAUAGUUUCGUUAUGUGAUGCUGGCCGUUCUUGUGAGGCAGUAAAGCUUCUAGGAAAGAUGAAAAAGAGAGGCUGUGGUCCAAACGUUCAAACAUAUACAGCACUAAUCAGUGGUUUAUCGCGAGAUGGGAAAUUUGAGGUUGCAAUUGGUGUAUAUCACAAGAUGUUGGCUGAUGGAUUGGUUCCAACAGCUGUCACAUAUAGUGCACUGAUUAAUCAAUUAUAUGUGGAGGGAAGAUUUGAAACUGCUCUUACCAUCUUCGAGUGGAUGUUGAGUCAUGACAGCUUGCCAAAUACUGAAACAUAUAAUGUAAUAAUUAAAGGUUUUUGCUCAAUAGGUUACAUUCAGAAGGCAACGGCUAUUUUUGACCAAAUGCUCAAAGCUGGUCCUUCCCCAAAUGUAAUAACUUACAAUAUAAUUAUUCAUAUAUAUUUCAAGCAGGGAUAUAUGAAUAAUGCAAUGAGAUUGUUAGAAAUGAUGAAAGGCAAUGGACUGAAGUUAGAUACUUGGACUUAUGCUAAUCUUAUUUCAGGGUUUUCUAGAGGAGGAAAAUUGGAACAUGCGUUUUCUCUUUUCAAUGAAAUGGUGGAACAUGGGAUUUCUCCAAAUGUAGUUACAUAUAAUGCUAUAAUUAACGGAUAUUUGACUGUUGCAAAAGUGGAUGAUGCUUUGGCAUUGUUUUGGAAGAUGGUGGAAAGUGGUAAUGUUCCAAGUAGUGGAACCUAUAAUAUGAUGAUAAGUGGAUUCUCUAAAACUAAUCGCAUUUCUGAAGCAGAGAAUUUCUGUGGUAAAAUGGUGAAGCAAGGCUUGCUCCCAAAUGUCAUUACCUACACAUCGUUUAUUGAUGGUCUGUGUAAGAAUGGGAGAACAAGUCUUGCAUUCAAGAUUUUCCAUGAAAUGAAGAAAAGAGAUUAUUUUCCAAAUUUAUGUACUUAUAGUUCUCUAAUUGAUGGUUUAUGCCAAGAGGGUCAGGCUGAGGAUGCAGAAAGAUUACUUGAUGAAAUGGAGAAGAAAGGAAUAACCCCUGAUGAGAUAACUUUAAAUUCUCUUAUGAAUGGUUUUGUUGCACUUGGCAGAAUUGAUCGAGCAUUUCUCCUUUGCCGACGAAUGAUGGGUGUUGGCUGCAAACCCAAUUAUCGGUCGUUUGCCAUAUUGCUGAAGGGAUUGCAAAAGGAAAGCCAUUCACUUACGGAAAAAGCUGUAGCCCAACACGAAAUCAUGUGUACUUGUAGUUCUGAUGAGAAAUGUAUAAGUACAGGAUCAGUGUACAAUCUCCUGGCUAGAUUGGCUGACUAUGGAUGUGAGCCUAAUGUCGAUACCUAUACCACUUUAGUGAGAGGCUUGUGUGGCAAGGGCAGAUGCUACGAGGCAGAUCAGCUGGUUGAGAGCAUGAAAAAGAAAGGUUUGCAACCUAGUGAAGAAAUUUAUCGUGCUCUAUUGGUUGGCCAAUGUAAGAACUUGGAAGUGGAAUCUGCUCUUAAGAUUUUUGACUCUAUGGUUACAACAGGUUUUCAACCUUGCUUAUCGGAUUAUAAGGCUCUCAUAUGUGCGCUUUGCAAAGCAAAUUUCAGACAAAAAGCUCAAUGUAUGUUUCAAACUAUGCUCAAGAAGCAUUGGAAUAGUGAUGAGGUUGUCUGGACAGUGUUACUUGAUGGAUUACUCAAGGAAGGGGAAACUGAUCUAAGUUUGGAGCUUCUUCAUGUCAUGGAAUCUAGAAAUUGCACUCUUAAUUUCCAGACACGUGUUAUGUUGGCCAGGGAGCUAUCUGCACUAGGUUGCUCAAUUGAAAUCCCUCAAAUCUCUAAACAGUUGGGAAUUGUAAAAGAAAAACAGAAGCAAACUGCUGAUGUUCUUAGAGAUGAUAUUGCUCUAUAAGAAGUUUCUAAAGAUGAUGCAUAUUUCCCAUUCAUCUCGUGAUUUGAAGUGUUUUCAAAGCGCAAGUUGCACUUUAAGGUGACAGUCUCUUUGAUCACCUUAAGGCAAGAGGUGACAUAAAAGCAUUGUCCGACUGAAACAAGGUAGAAAAGUUUUGGCAAGCAUGAUGAAGUCACAUUGAAGCAGUUACAUAAGGAUCAAACUCGAAUCUUGUAGGAGACAAAGACUACUAGAUAAGUGGUCAACAUUUGCUUUGCAUGCAAUAUAUUUCAACCUUUAAUUGCAUGCAAGAUAUUUCAACCUUUAAUUGCAUGCAAGAUGUUUCAACCUUUAAUUUCAAACAAACUACAUAAGAGAUUUGGUCUUCUUAUUGUGAGUUAGUUCUUUUUGCGCAUCGACUCUUAAAAUUAAACGUUUUCUUAUUUCUUUUUUGUGCAUUCAUAUGACUAGGUACUUUGUUAUGAUGAACUUCUCAAUUUUAUAGUGGAACACACAUCUCUAUCCUUUGUUCUAUUGAUAUUUUUCAAGAACCAAAUAAAUGUACUAUUUUUGUUCUUGAAUAUGCGUGAACUUGGUAACCUAUUAUUACUUGGACAUUUCAAACAAACUCAAAUUAUGUUUUCCUUUAUAUCUAAAAUAAAAUUCAAAUCAAUUGCUUCUCUUGUUUCUAAGCUGAAAUUUAGUUGUGACUUGAAUUUUAUAUUUUUCUUAACCUCAUAUUGUCGUUUUUGGCUACCCCUGUUGCUUUUGCUUCUGAAUUUUGGUUCCUGCCCUUGCCUUAGAUUCUACAAGCUUAUAUUAACUAUUUUUAUGCCUUUUCUUUUAGCUAAUGGGUUAAAGAUCUUGUGUAUGAGACAAACAGAGGGAAAGUAUGUUUCCGUCCUCCAAGUACAACCACCCGUUGGCUUACGGCCAUGUGUUCAAAUCUUCCAAGUUGGAAACAUUUUUACAUUUCUUGCUUCAAAUUUUUCUUGAGCUGAGUCUUGCCUUUCUUUUUGUGGUCAUAGAUAUCUUGAAACAAUUAUGUCCUUAAAUUUAGACAUGUUUAGAAGUGAUUUGAAAAUAAUUAGUUAUAUAUGUUAUUGAAUGAUAUGGAUGAAGAUUAGUUGUUUGGAAAACUUAUUUUGAGUCAAAGUGCCGUAUAGAUUUUGUAACUUUUUGGUAGCUUAGGAUGGUCAAAGUGACACAUGUCCAAUUUCCCCAUUAGUUAAUGAUGUUGGUGUUUUUUGUUGAUUUGUUUAGAUUAAAUGAGAAGUUCGGUCUCAUGUUUGUAUUAAAGGUUGAAACAGAGCAUAGAUGGAGGCCUAAUUGCACGACUAUGCUAUUGCUUUGGUCUACAUCUACUCGAAGAAUGAAUCAGACCUCAAUCGGUGCUUGAAGGAAUGAGAGGGCCAGGGUUUUGUGGUCACUGUAUCAGUUUGCUGAUGCUUUUUCGAGAACACAAAGAGAGCAACUGGUACAGAAAGUGGUGUCUGCUUUCAAUGGUACUCUCAAUAUUCUGAGUGUUAGUGCCGACACUCCCUAUACGCAUUCGCUGCCAGGAUUGGGUAACGGUUCAAGAGAAGUCGUUGAAGGCAAAUGGUUUUCCAAUGAUCAUCCGUCCUUGUCUACCACAUACCUCUUGGCCUCAACGUAGUUCGUGUGUGGGCACUACUGUUGCAUGGACAAUGAUAAAGUAAAACUAUGUGAUUGGUGACGACAAACAUUGGAGCAACUAUAUAUGUGAGAAUUCUGGUGUCACUACAAUUUAAACAUCUCUUUUGAUUCUAUCGACUUUUUAGGAUUAUAUAUAUGUAGUUAUUUUAUUUGAAUUAAGAAUUUACAACUUGUUCUAUUAGGUAUGAAUUUUGCUAGAACACACUUUUGAUGAUUAUAUCAAACAUUUUGUAUGAAUGUAGUGCUUUAUUUCUUUUAUAUGUUAUAAAUUUGAAGAUUUAUCCUAUAAUUAUGAUUGUCGAUUUGGUUGAAA